CGGUGACUAAGAUGGACCCGCUGGUGGGGCCGCGCUGCGGGCUGUGGGCCGGGGGUCCAGCCCCGGGCCAGUUCUACCGCGUCCCCUCGGCGGCCGCGUCCGUGCUGGACCCGGCGUCUGCCCCGAUCACGCGCACGCAGAACCCCAUGGUGACCGGCACCUCGGUCCUGGGCGUCCAGUUCGACGGCGGCGUGGUGCUGGCGGCCGACAUGCUGGGCUCCUACGGCUCGCUGGCGCGCUUCCGCAACGUCUCCCGCAUCAUGCGCGUCAACGGCAGCACCGCGCUGGGCGCGUCCGGGGACUACGCCGACUUCCAGUACCUGCAGCAGGUCCUGGGCCAGAUGGUAAUCGACGAGGAGCUGCUGGGAGACGGACACAGCUACAGCCCUAGAGCCAUUCAUUCCUGGCUGACCCGGGCCAUGUACAGCCGCCGCUCCAAGAUGAACCCCCUGUGGAACACCAUGGUCAUCGGGGGCUAUGCCGAUGGAGAGAGCUUCCUAGGUUACGUGGACAUGCUCGGUGUAGCCUAUGAAGCUCCUUCGUUGGCUACUGGUUACGGAGCUUACUUGGCUCAGCCGCUGCUGAGAGAAGUUCUGGAGAAGCAGCCAGUGCUGAGCCAGUCUGAGGCCCGGGAGCUGGUGGAACGCUGCAUGCGGGUGCUGUACUACCGAGACGCCCGCGCGUACAACCGGUUCCAAAUUGCCACGGUAACGGAAAAGGGUGUUGAAAUAGAGGGACCACUCUCUGCCAAGACCAACUGGGAUAUUGCCCACAUGAUCAGUGGCUUUGAAUGAGAUGCAGAUGCCUUGUCCAGAAACGGAGUUACAGGCCCUUCUUCUGACUUUGAGCCUAACUAGUUCAAAAGGAAUUCUUUUGUAGAAUAAAUACAUUGAAACAUU